AUGCGCCUGCUUCACACCUCAAGACACCGCCUCGAGGACAAGGCCCCUGGCUCUACCAAAUAUGCCAUCCUGUCACACGUUUGGGAUAAGCGGGAGCUGCUCUACAGCGACCUCGUCAACCCGGACAAGAAAGAAUCUUGGAAGACCAAGAAGCACGCCUCCAAGGUCCUACAGGCCUGUGCCCUCGCGCGGGCCGAUGGCUACGAGUACAUAUGGAUAGACAACUGCUGUAUUGACAAGUCGAGCAGCGCUGAGUUGUCGGAGGCCAUCAACUCCAUGUACAGCUGGUACAGUUUGGCCGAUGUCUGUUAUGCCUAUCUCUUUGGCGUCCUCACAGAGCUAGGACUGAGCAAGUCCAAGUGGUUCGAGAGGGGAUGGACGCUUCAGGAGCUAAUCGCCCCUAAGACGGUCAAGUUUUAUGGCAAGACGUGGAACUUUCUGGGAACGAGAGGCUUUCUUGCAGCCAGGAUCAGCAAGAUCACCCAGAUCCCUGGGACUCUGCUGACGGAUCGAUAUCGACACAUGGAGGAGAUGGCUGCACUACACAUACUGCACACGACCAGCAUCGCCAAGCGCAUGUCCUGGGCUAAGUCUCGCGAGACGACUCGCGAAGAAGACCUCGCCUACUGUCUCAUGGGCAUCUUCGGCGUCAACAUGCCCCUGCUUUACGGGGAAGGAGGGCAGCGAGCAUUCAUGCGACUGCAGGAGGAAAUCAUGCGGCGUUCGGGGGACCAGUCGAUCCUGGUGCACACGUGGCCGUCCCUGCUGUCUCCAGGCCCAAGACACUUCAAAGGCGAUGUGUCAAUCUCGCACCAGUACCGAAAGUCUGCCAUCAGCUUCUCCGACGGCGAUCUCGCACUCGAUGUCCUCCUCUGCACGUGUACCUCGGCAGGCAGGGUUGCUGGCCAGGCGGCCAACUUUCUGGCCAUUCUCAACUGCUCGUUGGACGAGGAUGACCACCUUGGUCGGCCAGCCCUCGUUGUUCAGCGUAUCGACAAGCAGUCUGAGCGCUUCAAGGUGGUUGAAUAUGCGGACGGGAAGCGCCUCCUCGUCGUUCGACGGAACGGCACACUUAUCUCGUACAGCUCGAGGACGAUAGAUAAUCAGAACUCCAUCGACAACUGGGACUUGACCCACGCCAUCAGCACCCGCAUAGUCAUCGAAAUGCCGGAUGAUCAUCCUUUACCUGACCACUCAUCCAUGGGCAGCAUGGUCGUCCGCUUCAGGCCCAGCGAUCACGUGCAGAGGCGAUAUACCGUCGUCUCGACAGCCCCAAAAGCCGACGGGGAUUUCCUUAUCUCUUCAAACAGCUCGGUCCAUGAACGGGACUCCCGAUACCUGUUCGACGACCACAACAAGUCAGAAUGGCUGGGUGUCAUGCUCCUUACCAUCAACGAGGCGGCUCGUGCUCGAACUGGCGGUGUUGACGGCCCAUACUACAUUCUUGUCUGGGGCCGAAGAUACAAAGCAACUGCUCCUGGCUCCGCCUCUGCCGAGCAUCAUGGCAAACAUAGUGGCACCCCGUGGUGUAAGAUACUGAGGCCCCCGGAGCUGCAGAACCAAGUGGACAGCGAGAUUGUUUACGCCCCCACCCCAUCGGUCCCGAGUGCUUCUGGCACGAGCAGUAACGGCGCAAGGCUUCCUUUCAAUAUCGUCCAGGAACUGCAGGCACUACCUUUUGCCCCAAACCAUGUACUCUGGCACGAGUCCCGGUUUUCCACGGUGAGCGACGACACGUCGUCCCCCGUUUCGAGCCAGUCCCAGCAGAGGCAACGUCGCCAGAUGGGCAGUCUCCUCCGGGGCAUGCAGCGGCUCUGCCAUGACGCGGAGACAUCGUCUGUCGCGAGCGUGGGCGCGCACAGCGAGUUGAUCGCUGGGAUAGAGCCCGUGACAUUCCUGGGAAAUACCGUGUACGACCUGCACCUGGACGUGAGUAAUCCUUAG